AUGUCAAAUGCGUGGAUCCACGCCGACCCGUCUCCCUUCGGCUCGACCGACUUUGGUCUUGUCGUCGGUUCCCUUAACGACUCGGCUCGUACCGCCGCCUGUUUCGACUUGAAGCCUGCAUCGACGUCCCUUGCCAACGAGAUCUACGACCUUGUGCGAGUUGCGCCAUGCACCAUCUCCUGGAUCAACCGCACCCCGAGCUACUCCUCCUUGCAGACGAUAGGCUCCCUGACAGAAGACGUGGCCCGCGAGGUUGAGCUGCAUCUGCACCAGAUCGUGCGCGAGCUCCACGCAAACGCCAGUGACACGCUCUGGUAUGGUAACCUCGGCAACGCGCUCCUCUUCAAGCUUGUGGCACCAAACGUCGUCGAGGUGUCCGACCGGGUCCCUCGUACCGGACGGCCUGUCCAACUGCACCAACCGUUUCCGGGCGUUGGCGACACCAUGACAAUGUCGCUUCCCACCGGCCUGAUAGCGGCGGCGUGUGGUAGCAAGCCGCCACUGUCGCUAUUUGCACCGGGGCUGCGGCAAGCUUGGCACAAGCUCCACUCGGUACCUGGCAUCCAGCGUCGCGCAGAACCCAUUGCCCUGCCGCGUCUGCCUGCGACCAUACGUGGCCCUCAUGUCUCCAAGACGUUGGACUGCCUUGUUGGACGUCGAUCUGCUCUGGAACUCGCUGUCGAAGGAAUGGACCUCGGGCCCGCGGUUCUGCCGCGUGCGCCUGUCGUCAAUGGUGCCAUGCUACCGGACGAUGAACCCCCGCUCAAGGUCACGCUCACUCGCUGGUUACACUCGGGACGAACGUACGACGGCUACGCCGCGUCCUUGACAGGAGGUACCAACCGCGCUGCUGCGUCCGCGCGCGUCGUCGCCAAGGUCGCCCAGCCGGCGUUCGACAUGGCGCUUCAUCGCGACUACGAGCCGACAGGCGAGGCACCUCCACAGCGUCUGGCCCCCGAGGCUGCUCACCAAGCUGCGUCCCGCGUGUACGAGGAGGCGCGCCUUCUCGAUGGCGAGCUAGCUGGUCUGGUCGUCACGCCCCGGUUCCGCGGUCUCUGGGUCGGCAACGCCCUGGGCGACCUGUCGCCCACGGCGGCGUCGUUUGCGACUUACCUCGUCAUGCUCGUCGACGACGCCGGCCCCAGCCUUGCCGAUCUGGGAUACACCUGGCCGUCUCUGCCUAGCCAUCUCCGCACCGGCAUCCGCAAACUCUACUGCACACUCCACGCGGUGCGGGUCGUGCACGGGGACGUCGACCUUCGGCACAUCUGCAUGACCCCCGCGGGAACGCUGUCGCUGAUCGACUUUGAGGGCGCGCGGCGUGUAGACACGGCCGAUGCCCAGGAGAUCCGCGACGAGGACACGCUGGUCGAGUCCAACCUCUCGCUGUGA